CGGCUAAAGUGCAACUAUAUACCCUUAGCGAACUCUUAUACCUACAUGAUACAAUCAGCCAGGAAUUGCGCCAUAUGUUGUCUCUUACGUAUACCGCCACACUUACACUCAGCACACCUUGCCUACAUGUACGGGCAGACUUACCCUCCCCACCAACCAACAUUCACCCACAGGCCCGCCCAACUAUUCCUCGUGUUUUCUGGAAUGGAUGGAACCUCAGCUACUUGCACGCCCUCGAACGCCGAAGUCAAGAGGACUUGCGAGGUGCCUUGCUGGGAGCAACGUGGGGAGAGAGUGAAAAAUUGAUUACAGAUGCACAAUUUGCCAUGGCGACGACGAUGAGCAUGGCGCAGAAAUUUGUGCUGUAUAUAGGGGAGGCCACUAACAUUGACGAAGGCACUAAAUUGGUCUCCCCUUUUCAUUUUUCAUUGUCCGGAGUGGCGAAGAGCGC